UGUCAAUUGGACGUCAUUUCAUUGGUAGGUGUUCUUGUUUGGCGUAGCCUUUGGAUCAUAACUGCACGAUGCGACUCCCGUCAUAAUCACGAAGAGAGAAUAGGCUGAGGAUCAGUGAUUGGUGGGGAUAAGCGCCCUACAUGCACAUUCCCAUUCUCGUUCCGUUUCCCCUUUAAUCCCGAACCUGCGAACAUUGGCGCAAUAUCAGUGCAAUAUCAAAGAAUAUCAUCAACCACGCGCAUUGCGCCUUAUCAACGUCUUGGAUUCUUAUCUUCAUUUGUCGGACUCACAUCGUUCAUCCAGAUUCCAUCAUGCAGGCAAAGCUGCCAGAGUAUACUCUGCCAUCAACCAACGGGUUGAAGCCCAGGCGGUCCCAAUUUCAACUCAAGUUUUUCGGAGUUGCCUUUCUGUUCAUUGUAUGGGCCUCCCUCUCUCUUUUCCGAUGCUACGGCACACGCAUUCGUGGUCGGAAUGAUGUCUCGUUGCUGGCUUCACCUGGAUGCCCACAAGCUGAUGUUUUGGUUCCCGAAAAGAAUGUAGACAUCUGGGAAACAGCGACUCAGACAAUUGCUACCCAGGAAUUCAAGUUGAAGGCAGCAUCGUUGCUCGGUAGUGCUGUUCAGAUUCCUGGGGAAACAUUCGACGAUAUGGGUCCCGUCGGCGAGGAUUCCCGAUGGGAAAUACACGGUAGAUUCCAUGAGUACCUUGCCGAGGCUUUCCCCCUAGUACACGCGACGUUUGUUCUCGAGAAAGUCAAUACGUAUGGUCUGCUAUACACCUGGAAGGGAAGUGAAGCGUCAUUAAAACCUCUUCUUCUAUUGGCCCACCAGGAUGUCGUUCCCGUUGAUCCUAACACUGUUCAUGAGUGGGCGCAUCCGCCCUUCUCUGGAUACUUUGAUGGUGAUCGUAUCUGGGGACGCGGCUCUUCCGAUGAUAAAAGUGGCUUGAUCGGCAUCCUAUCGUCACUUGAAAUACUCUUAGAAAACGAUUUCAAAUCAACGAGGACUAUCAUUCUGGCAUUUGGUUUUGAUGAGGAAGUUGGCGGACUCCAGGGAGCAGGCCACCUUGCGCCUAAGAUUCUGGAGAUCUAUGGCGAGGAUUCAUUAGCCUUAUUAGUCGACGAAGGUGGUGGAUUUGGCCAAGAGUACGGAACCGUCUUUGCCACUCCGGGAGUCGCUGAGAAGGGCAGCAUGAAUGUACGGGUCGACGUCGCCACACCUGGUGGGCACAGCAGUGUUCCGCCUGACCACACGAGCAUCGGUAUUCUUUCAAGGCUGCUUGUCGAAUUUGAAGAUAACCCUUACGAGGUUCAUCUUCAAAGAGGAACGCCGACAUAUGAGCUCUUCCAAUGCUUUGCGGAGUAUAGCAAGGACAUUCCUGAUAAGCUACGGAACGACAUCAAGCGAUCCGCUGAUUCUGAUGAGGCUCUCAUCAACGUUGAGGAUGUCUUAUUUCAAGAUCCUUUGUAUAAGAGUCUGGUGGGAACUACCCAAGCGAUCGACAUUAUCCACGGGGGAGUUAAGUCGAAUGCACUUCCUGAGCAAGCGUGGGCCAUUAUCAACCACCGUAUAUCGACUCAAAGCUCCGCCUCUGAGACUGUUGAACAUGAUACCAAUCUCCUGGUAUCGUUGGCAGAACAAUUCAACUUGACUUAUACUGCCUUUGGGAAAGACAUUAUCCCAAGUGGAGUACCGACCAAAGGACACUUGACCCUCAGCUCACCCCUUCAUCUUGACAUUGCCCCUUUGACCCCCACUACAGGAAACGAAGCUGUUCCAUACAAACUGCUGUCGGGGACAAUUAAGGCAACCUACAAUGCGUAUCGCUCUUUGGAGGGUGACAACAUUGUCGUUGGGCCUGGCAUGCCGACAGGAAACACCGAUACGAAGUAUUAUUGGAAUCUGACACCGCACAUUUUCCGGUACAAGCACCAGAAUUCCGGUAACGGAACUAACUCUCUCGGUGGUGGAGCCCAUACGGUCAAUGAAUGUAGGCAUCGUUUAUGCGUGUUUGUGGAUAGGUAACUGACGAAUCUGUACGUAGCGAUUAGCGCGGACAGCUUUGUG